UACAUACGCGCCGCCGCCCCCCGCCACGUCGACUAUCUCGCCACACAUCGCGUCCUGGAGAGGACAUGUCGCUGCGCCACUUUCUCGGCCUCGAGCCGGAUGACCCGGAGCCCGGGGCCCGGCCCGCGGUGACGGUUGUUUCGUCUGCCAACUUCUUCUCCGAUUCCGACCAGGCGCUCACGGACGAGGAAGAGGCCGGCGACGAGGCCCACCACAGUGGCGGCCCUCAGGGCGAUGACCCCGCCACCACCGAGGCCGAUGCGCAAGCACUCGCACACACGCGCGCCCUGCUGGCACAGCUGUUUGCCGGGCAGGUCGUGGGGCCCGGCGGCCCGGGCCGCGAGUCGGCCUUCGUGGCCGGCCUCGCGCUGGCGGCCCUCCUCCCCCGGGGGUUCCUCUCCUCGCCGGCGCCAUCCGGCCAGGCCGCCAAGCCAUCGGGACUGCUGGAUUACCCCGGCCAGGGUGGGGCUCCUGCGCAGGGCUUCUGGACGGUGGCCCGGCUGAAUGCCGAGGUGGGUGGGAUCGCCAGGCGCCGUGCCGGCCAGUCCGACGCCGCCACUCGGAUCCGCUUCGGCGAGGGGGCUCUCUCGGAGGCGGCUCUCCGCUUCCCGGACGGCCCGGUGCCCCGGCCCGGUGUCACCCUCUCGCCGGACUCCCACCACCAUUCGGGGGAGACCUUUCGCAAUCGCAUGCUGGCCAAUGUGCUGCUGUUCCUGAAACGCCAUCUGGCCACCUGCCCAGCCGACCAGGCCGUCUGGCUGUGUGAUGUGCUGGCCUGCGCUCUCCGCGGCGCGGUCACGGCCGAACUGUGGGCCGACGCCCUGGCCGCGGUAGAUGCCUGGGGCCGGCCGACCGUCGGCCCCGAUCCCAGCCCUGGGCCGUCCACCGGCCCCGAGGCCGAGGAGGCCGCCUGGCAGUUGGCUCUCGAUGAGCGGCUCCUCCGCGAGGGGGACGCCCUGGCCCUGCUGCUGGACAUGAUGCAGGCGGUGCUGGAGCGGGUGCGCUCUGGUCCGGCCGAUCCGGCGUACUGGACGCCGGUGCUCGUGCGGCUGAUGGCCGCCUGCGCGCCCUUCCUCGCCCGGCCACUGGGCCUGGCUGAGGGCCUCAUCCCGCCGUCCGUCCUGGCGAUUGGGGACUUCCCCUGGGCCGGGCGCGUGCCCGGGUGGAAGCGCACGGCCCUGGCCGAGGCCCUGGCCGGCGCGGCACAUGGCCUUCCCCCCGUCGACAUGGCUGCCGAGGGGGGCCCCGGCCAGUCGGCCACCCUGGAGGCCGUGGCCGCGGUGGGUCUCCUGCGAGGGGCAUGCAUGCGGGCCGCGACGCUGGCCCGCUCCCUGGCCGGGCCCCAGAGGUCGGAUCUGGUUCAGCUGGACCCGCUGCUGGUGGCCGGGAUUCUGUGGGCCACGCACACGGUCCGACGGGGGGAAGCGGCCGGCAGCGGGGAGCUCCCCCCCGGCACCGGGGUCAUUGGGCCCGGGGCUGCGCAUGCCCUGGCCAUUGACACUGGCCGGCUGGCGCUCCUGCUGCUGGAGGACCACACCCCGAUGGUCCAGCUGACCGGGGCCGCCGUGUUGCUGGGGCUCUUCGGCCCGCGGGAGUACUUCCACCCGGCCGCCCCGGAUGCCGGGCUCAGCCACCGGCUGUAUGACCGGCUUGAGCCUGUGUGGCAUGGGGUCCGGCUGGAGCGCGCCGGGCGCCUGGCGGCUUUGGAGGAUUCCGGGCUCGGGGCCCUGCUCCAGGCGCGCCUUUGCCAGGCGCUGACGAACUUCUCCGAUGCCGGGGGCGUCGGGCCCGGGGGGCUGGCCGAGCGGCUGGUUCUCCUGGCGGCCAUUCGGUCUGUGGGGGCCGGGAAUCUGCCCGUCCGGUCGGUUGGCGUGAGCCUGGCCCCCGGGGCCGAUGAGGCCGGCAUCGGGGACCUGGCGCCCGAGGAGCUGGCCAUGCGUCUCGACCCGGCUGCCCUGGCGGCGGCCGUCCACCAUGCCAGCUCGCCGCCGGUGGUGGCCGCGGUCGAGCCGGUCCUGCUGGCCUUCAGCACCCUCCUUCGGCAGGCGGCCCACGAGCCGCGCCUUCCCCGGCGCCUGGUGUACAUUCAGAUUAUCUCCCGGUUUAUGACGGUGGUCGGGCCGUUCAAGUGCAUGACCGACAUCGAGCUCCUGGUCACCAUCAUGUCGGAGUACUUCCCGACCAUGAGCGUGCGGUCAGGCGAGGAGGAUGGCCUGUAUGUCGGUGCAUCGGCUGCCACCGGGCAUGGCGCGCUCGGCCGCGCGGUGCUCGAGGAGUUUGUCCCGCAGUUCCUGCGGUCGUGCUGGCCGCGUCUUGGUGGGGUGCCAAUCCGGCAGCCAGUCCUGACGGACGCCGCGGUGGCCGCCUCGCCCGUUGGCCAAGUGUACACGGCGCUCGGCGGGGGAGGGCCUCUCAUGCGUCCCCUCCGGUCGAAGGGGUCCGAGCGUCUGACCGCCGCACUGAUUGAGUACUAUUGCCGGGCCUUCCUUUGCGAAUUCGACGACUCCCCCGAGUGGCGCCGGCAGGUGGCCAUCUCCUACCAGCGGGACGUGCGGCCACUCCUACAUCCGGACAUCGUGCAGGCGCAUGAGCGGGAAAUCGUCCGCCUUGAGUCGGAUCUUGCUCUGCUGUUUUACGGACUCGACGAGUAGCACCCAGCCAUGCCCCAUGCUCCCAGCCCUGCCUCUCUCUCUCUCUCUCU